AGAGCCCUCACGUGACGUCACGGGACACAUUACGUCCGGGUCCUUUGUAGCAUAUUUCUCCAAAAUAAUACGUCGUUUAAGUUUGUUGUUGUCACGUACUAGUCAGUAUCUUGUUUUUACACUUCUGGAAUUCGUGAAUUGAGAAUUUCCGAUUAGUUUUUUGAGGAGUCCUGUUAGGUCGAAUACUCGCCUGGCUCGCCAGCUAUCGCAAAUACAGUAGCUGGUUAGCUUCGACGAUAACGAUCGACGUGAGGAGCCAACUCGACAUAAAGCCUCGAUGAGCACCUUCUUCCCUCUAUUUGUGAUAUGAUGUAUCCACCAACCAGAAAGGACUUCAUCUCUCUUACCCUCACUGACCCAAACUGCCACAUUUACAACAAUGGGAAACACCGCAAACAGUCGUGCUGGAGGAAAUGGAAGCAGCUGUCUCGGCUCCAGCGAAGCAUUAUCCUCUUUCUUCUUGCGCUCACCCUCGUAUUGGCCCUCGUGUCUUAUUCCCGCCUAUCAAAGCAAAGGAUAGGUUUAUCAAAAAAGGAAGACUGGAUGGAAAUGAUUGACGAUGGGUUGAAGCCUGCAUUUCCUGAUGUAAAUCUUAAGCCAGUUGUAGGUCCAGAUUCCAUGACUGAAGUUAAAGGACCAAACAUCCUCAUUUUUCAAAAACCUCCCAUAAAUAAGAGGAUAUUUCCAAACAAGAGAGGUCCACCAAGCCUUCAGAAAAAUGGUAAUGUCUCACUCACAUUUCUUGUGGGAAGACAAGAAGUAGUACAAGAUGCAGAGGAGGAAAAUGGGGAUAAACAAAAAAAGUUGGUCAGCUGGCGAGGAGCAAUAAUUGAAGCCGAUCAAGUCACUGAGCCUCCACCCUCAGCCAAUGAGAAGGAUGCUGCAGCCCCCCCAGCACCAGAGAUUCUAGCUGGUUCUGUCCCAUUCACUGCUUCAUCUGGAGCUGUGGACAGGUUGGAGGCCGUACGUGAUGCCUUUCGACACGCGUGGAAGGGAUACAAGGACUACGCCUGGGGUCACGAUGAGCUCAAGCCUAUCUCAAAGUCUUAUAGCGAGUGGUUUGGUCUGGGUUUGACCCUCAUUGAUUCCCUGGACACGAUGUGGAUUAUGGACUUGAAAGAAGAGUUUGCAGAGGCAAAGCAAUGGAUAGAGAAGGAGCUCUCGUUCAACCAAAAUGUGGAUGUAAAUCUUUUCGAGACAACCAUACGUGUUCUUGGUGGUCUGCUGAGCACCUACCAUCUAACUGGAGACCAGCUGUUCCUAAAUAAAGCUAAAGACCUCGGGUCCAGGUUGAUGCCUGCCUUCAAAACACCCUCAAAGAUCCCAUUCUCUGACGUGAAUAUCGGGAAAGGAACAGCUCACCCGCCUCGAUGGACGUCUGACAGCUCUAUGGCAGAGGUCACUAGCAUUCAGUUGGAAUUUAGAGAGCUGAGCCGGCUCACUCAGGACCCCCAGUACAAGGAGGUUGUAGAUGAGGUAAUGAAGCAGGUUCACAAGCUUCCGGGCAAACACGAUGGUCUGAUACCAAUGUUCAUCAACACCAAUAGUGGCCAGUUCUCUCACAGAGGCAUCUACACACUGGGCGCCAGGGCGGACAGCUACUAUGAAUACCUGCUCAAGCAGUGGAUUCAGGGAGGCAAGACCGAAGAUGAGCUGUUGGAGGACUACAUUGAAGCAAUCAAUGGAGUAAAAAAACACCUUGUGAGACAGACUGGGCCACGCAAAUUGACCUUUGUUGGAGAGCUGUCCCAUAAUCGCUUCAGUCCCAAAAUGGACCACCUGGUAUGCUUCCUGCCAGGAACCCUGGCACUGGGAUCUUACAAUGACCUUCCGGGGGACCACAUGGAUUUAGCUGUACAGUUGAUGGAGACUUGUCACCACAUGUACACACAGAUGGAGACUGGACUUAGCCCAGAGAUCGCUCACUUCAACCUGCACGACACUGAUAGUAAUGACAUUAUUGUCAAGCCUGCAGACCGACAUAACCUGCUGAGACCCGAGACAGUGGAAAGUCUCUUCUACAUGUAUAGAUUGACAAAGAACCCCAAAUACAGAGAGUGGGGAUGGGAAAUUCUGCAGAGUUUCAACAAGUACACCAGGGUGUCCGACGGCGGUUACACAUCGAUCAACAACGUCCGUGACCCGGAGAACCCGGAGCCUAGAGACAAGAUGGAGAGUUUCUUUCUGGGUGAGACGUUGAAGUACUUCUACCUGCUCUUCUCUGACGACAUGGAGCUUCUCAGUCUGGACAAAUAUGUCUUCAACACUGAGGCCCACCCGCUCCCCAUAUGGCCCACACCGCCCGAGUGAUGGCACCGUACGGGAGGUCUCGACGGUUGACACAAGGCGGCUGGACAACGUGAGGGGCAGCUGUGGCGAAGGAUGCCUCCUGAAGUCCACCAUCAUCUCUACGGUCUCGAGCGUGUUCAGCUCCAGGUGGCGUCGGCCGCACCGCAGCUCCGGCCGCUACGCAGACUCGUCACCGUCCUCGAUGAGGCCGAUGACAGCGGUGUCAUCUGCAAACUUGAGGAGUUUGACAGCCGGGUGCAGUCUAGGUGAUUGGAAACAGAACAUUCCAUACAAACAAGACAAAUAAGCAUUACAAGAAAGCUCUGACUUGAAAUGACUCCUUUCAUAAAUGUGAAUAAUCUAACAACAUUGAUUUGUCAACUUGUAUUUGUGUUGAAACGCACUUUAUAUAUACAAUUAGCUACAAAAGUAAGAGGGUUGUUGAAAAAACAUUGAAAUGAUACUUUAUCCAUCCAUCCAUCCAUUUGGUGAGCCGCUUCUCCUCCAUCCCGGCUGCGAUCGGGCAGGAGGCGGGGUCCGCCCUGAACCGGUUGCCAGCCAAUCGCAGGGCACAUACAAACAAACAAUCAACCAUUCGCACUCACAGUCACACCUACGGGCAAUUUAGAGUCUCCAAUGAAUGCAUGUUUUUGGUCCAGGUUAAAAACUCUUCUGUGUUUGAGAGCAUUUUCAGUUUUAAAUGCUAUUUCUUGCACUGUACGUUGUUUUAAUUGUACUUGUAUUUUUCGCUUUGUUUUUUAAAUGUUUCUGAGCUGUUUUUUGUUGAUGUUUUGAAAUGCUUUUAAUCAAGUAAAGCAGAUUGAGUUACCUUGUGUAUGGAAUGUGCUCUAUAAAUAAAUCUGCUUUGCUUUGCACUUCUGUCAGAACAAAAAAUCAAUCUAUACGCAGAUAGAUUUCUUUUUUUUUUUGUCCUGUUCGGCUGUUAGGCCAAGCAGAAUGGAGGAUCUGUAGGCCUUUUAUGCCGGAACAGUUUUACUGUGUCACUGUGGAGUUUUUAAGCUUCCGCUGUGGUUUCUUAGCAUUAUAUACAAGUCAUUUGCAUAUUCAUGAGUUAUUUGUCACAAUAAGCGAGUGGCCCCACGCCCAGUGAAAGAGUCCCAGGGGUGUGUGCCUGCGGAAUCAUGCAAGUGAAUUUGACAAAUUCACAAAGACUGACAGACGUGUGCUGUAAUUGCUGUGCCCGCACCGCGGAGGCUGAGGAUCCCACACAAUCAAACGAGGGGCGAGAUCGGGCCCGGGGGUCCGCGCGAGAGCGGCCCGGUGGACAAGACACGUCCCACGCCGAGGGACCCGAGGCGCUCCGCCGGCCCCACCGAGGCGCCCCGACAACUGGCCACCCGGUGGGGGCCGUAGGGACCCAAACCAGGCAAGGACAAAAAAAAACACAGCAGGCCCCACAGCCCGCAGGGGACCACCUGCAGCGGGACGCAAGGACGGGAGAGAAGAGGAGGAAGCAGGCCUGAGGAGCGACAGGGGGGCCCCACCGCCCCUACCAUCAGCCAGAGCGGGGGACCCAGGUGGGCGCCAGCUGGCACCGCUCCAGCACCCACGGGACACGGGCGAGUCACCAUCACGCCGCCAAUACCCCAGUGGUUCCCCCCAACCCCCCAGCCCCGAGAUCGGGAAGGAGUGAAGAAAGUCCCGCCCCCACAGACGCCGGAACCGCAAACGCAGGGACGAGAGAAGAAGAUCCCCAUUCCGUGCAUGUGUCCUCUCACCAUGCAAACCCAUCUAAAAUGUGUGGGCGGGGGAAAAAAUCACUCAAUUUAAUAAAACAACAACAACAACAACAAAGAAUAGAAGAUUGUAAAGUUUACUUUCACACAUACGAAGACAGUCUUGUUAUUGUCAGAUGGCACACUCCACAGGCAAAAGAAUCAAGGGCCUCGCCUCGAUUCAGCACGUUGAGGAAAAGUGACCAGCUCUCUACGUAUAUAUGUCAUAGAUUUCUUCGUUCUGCCGAUAUUUUUUCUAACGCGAUAUAUUCUAUGAUGAGAUUUAGCCACUGAUUGAUGUUAAUAGCUUGUUUUUCCUCCCCAGUUUAAUAGAAUGUUUCCUUAGCGGUAGCUAACGCAACGAGUCAUGAUUGGGAAUAUUUAUUAGGGAGGUCAAAUAUGCUUAAGUCGGCAAGUAUGCGCAAUCUUGGGGAAAGUGGAAUCCGGAAAUUGCAAAUGUCAGAGUUUAGCAUUCUGACGUAUAGCGGCAGCGAGCGAGCGGUUCAAUGAAUAUUGCGAAUAGCGUUGGUGAGAGUGGACGUCCUUCUCUGGUUCCUCAUUGAAAUGCAAAACUUUGUCAAGUCGUCCAAUUUGCGGCGACCGUUGCUUUCGGCGAAUUGUAUAAUGUUGCUAUCCAAUGUAUAAAUGAAUCUCCAAAGCCAAAUUUGCGAAGUACUGCAAGCAGGACUUUCUUGAAAGCUUUCUCUGCGUCAAGUGACAUGACGAUUGCGUUGAGAUUUUUUUCUUUCCAACAGGCUCGAGAUCCAAAAAGCACAGCUCGAAACAUCCAAGAAUGGCUACGAACAAAGCAAAUUCAUGUAGAAGGGAUCUCAAUGUGCUUUACAUUAUUAAAACCAUUUCAAAACAAAGAAAGAGACAACAAAUGUACAGUGCCAGAAAUAUUUCAAAGUGGAAAUGCUCUAAAAAGCAGGAGGAAUAGGAAAGAAGGUGUAACCUGGACUUCAAAACAUCCCCCACUUCUUCCAUUUGUGCGCAGCAUAACAGCUAAAUGCUGCUUGAGCAUGUUUUUCUUGGAACUCGACCCGUGUCUGUCGAUCUCAGAGCCCGACUGGGUUUAUAUCCCAGUAGCCUUUCUUUCACGUAUUCAGGACCAAAACGUCGGACCGUUGUGAAGAAUCCUGAUCCGAGUCCUUUUGUCCAUAUGUGAAAGGAGCUGAAAAACGCAGCCUGGAGAAGGCCACCUUUGAUCUCGAGACAACCGGAGCAAUUCAUGUGCCAAGAUACCCGAUGAAAUCAUUUGAUGCAGCGAUUGCCUCAAAAGAUUGUGCAAACAAAAAUAUGAAAUAUUUCCAGACAUCAGGAACACGGACCCCCACGGAUCCAGUUUUCUCUCACCUGAAAACCUUCCUUUUCGGGCAGGCCUGUUCCCUUUGAUUGUUGUUUCCACUGUUAUUCUGUUCCUGUUCCUGUUGUCCUGACAGUCGCUGGUCUGCUGCAAACUGUUCAGUUCUUAAUUGUAUAUGGAUAUUUUUUGGUACUGUAUAUUUCAUUGUAUUUUAACCAUUUGAAUUGAAUUUGAGUGGCUCGGAAGGCACCUUAUAAAUACGACACGAGUGAGGAGAAGCGGCUCAGUAAAAGUUCGGUUGAUGGCAAACCAGUUGGAUUUUUUUUCCCCAAUUGUGUUGGACCACAAAAAUAAAACAAUGCCUGGUUAAUUUUCAGUUCUUCUCAGUUCCGAGUUAUUUCAGUCACUGUAUUCUUUAAUUUGGCAUAUGUCUGCAGCAUCAAAAUUAGCAUGGUUCGUGAGCAGUGUGACAUUGAAAGCGACACACGCUCACCCAACUGGCAGAGGAUUGGUGGUCGGUGUGCUGCAGAGGUGUGUGUGUGUGUCACGGUGGGAAACGGCAGGAGACCGAGCUGGUUGUGAAGAGCAAACGGUAUCCGAAUACCAUGUGCUGUAAAUGCUUUACAAGAAAAAAAAAAAAAAAAAAAAAAGGGAG